AUGAACGAGAAGCAGAUUCUCCGCAUGACCAACAGCCCCUUCAUCGUCCGUUUGGCUGCAACCUUCAACGAAAUGCAGUACUUGCACUUCUUGCUGGAGCCAGCCAUGGGUGGAGACCUUUUUACAGUCUACUCCAGAAAACCCCUGCAUGGGUCGGCGCCCCAUGCGCGCUUCUAUUCCGCUUGUGUCGUCCGGGCGUUUCAGCACCUACAUCAGCGGCACAUCAUUUACCGCGACAUGAAGCCCGAGAACCUCCUCUUGGACUCGAACGGCUACUGCAAGGUGACCGACUUCGGCUUAGCGAAGUUCGUCAUCGGCCACACCUACACGACCUGCGGCACCCCGGAGUACUUCGCACCCGAAAUGGCCUGGAUGCCCAGGGUGGAGAAUUGCGCUGAUUAG